GAAGCGUAUACACGUCACCAGCGGAAGUAGUGUCAGAGGGGAAGGGGUGGGAGAAGAGAGGAGGAGGGAGGCCUCUGGGUGGUAAAAUGGCGUCUGUCAGAGUAGGAAAUCCAGCGGCAGAGGCUGCUGCCCCAGUCUCCAGCGGCUAAGGGACCUCUGACCUCGGGGAGGGGGAGGCCACUCCGUCCCAGUGCUCCCCGCCCUUCGGCUCCCCCUCCCCCUCCUUCCCUACUCCUUCACUCAGCCAGCCUAUUCUCUGCCGCCGCAGCCCUUCGCGCGCCGCUGCCCCCGCCCGCCCCUUUCCCGCGGGCAGCCCCCUAGCGCGCCUGCGCAGCGAGCCACUCUCGGCUUCCCCUUCCCCUCCCCCUCCCGUCUCCCUACCCCCUCCCCCAUUACCCCCUCCCCCAAUUCUCCAUCCCCUUCCCUCCUAGUCUCGAAGGACCCCGUCCUAUCCCGACCUUUCUUGGCCUGCAACCUUCGCGAAACCGUCGGUGCCACUCCCCGUCCAUGUCGGCCCCCGACGGCUGCCCACGCCUGUCCCCCAGCUCCCGGUUCCGCUGGGCUUUCCCCUCGCUAGGGGUGGCUUUCUGAGCCGCCCGCUCCGUGCCCUUCUCUGCACACUCUCCUGCCGCUCGGGGCCCCCGUUCCCCCUCCCGGAGGCGGGGGGCUGCCCCCGGGGGGCUGGCGGAGCUGGGCCGCGGGGGCCCCGGGGCCGGCGGUGCCGGGGUCAUCGGGAUGAUGCGGACACAGUGUCUGCUGGGGCUGCGUACGUUCGUGGCCUUCGCCGCCAAGCUGUGGAGCUUCUUCAUUUACCUUUUGCGGAGGCAGAUCCGCACGGUAAUUCAGUACCAAACUGUUCGAUAUGACAUUCUCCCAUUAUCUCCUGUGUCUCGGAAUCGGCUAGCCCAGGUGAAAAGGAAGAUCCUGGUGCUGGAUCUGGAUGAGACACUCAUUCACUCCCACCAUGAUGGGGUCCUGAGGCCCACUGUGCGUCCUGGAACACCUCCUGAUUUCAUCCUUAAGGUGGUGAUAGACAAACAUCCUGUCCGGUUUUUUGUACACAAGAGGCCACAUGUGGAUUUCUUCUUAGAAGUGGUGAGUCAAUGGUAUGAGCUGGUGGUCUUUACAGCAAGCAUGGAAAUUUAUGGCUCUGCAGUAGCAGAUAAAUUGGAUAAUAGCAGAAGCAUUCUGAAGAGAAGAUACUACAGGCAGCACUGCACUUUGGAAUUGGGCAGUUACAUCAAGGACCUCUCUGUGGUCCACAGUGACCUCUCCAGCAUUGUGAUCCUGGAUAACUCCCCAGGGGCAUACAGGAGCCACCCAGACAAUGCCAUCCCCAUCAAAUCCUGGUUCAGUGACCCCAGUGACACAGCCCUUCUCAACCUGCUCCCAAUGCUGGAUGCCCUCAGGUUCACCGCUGAUGUUCGUUCCGUGCUGAGCCGAAACCUUCACCAACAUAGGCUCUGGUGACAGCUGCUCCCCCUCCACCUGAGUUGGGGUGGGGGGGGAAGGGAGGGUGAGGCUUUGGGAUGCUGGCUGAUGCCCUGUCCAAUGUGAGGACUGCCUGGGCAGGGUCUGCCCCUCCCAACCUUCACUGCCCUGGAAGCCCUACACUCCACUUGGAGUCUGGAUGGACACAUGGGCCAGACUGUGAAGCAGCCUCACUAACUUCGUGUUCACACUCCAUGGAAACCCCAGAGUGAGACAGGCGGAAGCCAUGGACAGCAGAAACUGUCUGGUGGAGGCAGGACUGGCCGGAGUGAGAGACACAUACUGUGAUCCAGGAGGCUCAAAGAGAAGCCAAGUCAGCUUUGUUGUGAUUUGAUUUUUUAAAAACUCUCGUACAAAACUGAUCUAAAUUCUUCACUCCUGCUCCAAGGGCUGGGCUGUGGGUGGGAGAUUGGGAUUUUGGGCCACUGGAUCAUCCCCCAAACUUCUUCCUUUACUUUCCCUCUGUUUUUCUCUCCUUAGAUUCCCUCAGGCUUGUAACCAGCUCUUUUUUUUUUCCCCCCCUUUCCUCUUUUAAACCGUGCAUUAUAACUUUGAAACCAAA